AGUAAAGCCGGCUUAAUUGAACUUCACUCCGUUUGCUCACUCUCCCGCUGUAACACAGUCCCCGUGUUCACUGAGACUAUGGACACCCUCCGAGAGCCACGCUGAGGAAUUUAGGAUUCAUUUAUUCGACUUUUUAAAAAAAUGGACGAAAGGAUGUCGCUUUGUUUGAUCAUUUCUUCCUAAGUUUUUAUAUCAAGGCUAUACUGUUAAUCACGAAACGAUGCUAUGGUCGUUUCAUUACAACAACCUGUGUUAUAGACUGAAGUUACAAUUUUGGCGUGAAUGGGUGACGAUGGGUGGCGUCUAAUGCGCAUGCGUGGGAGGAGUUGCGUUCCACCCACUACCUGAAAGUAGCGCACCUGGAUCCAACGAGACGGAAGUAGUGUGUCGAGAUUACUGAAACCCUCUCACUGCGGGAUUAUCGUGGGGAUUUGAUCAGGUUCGGGGUCAGCUGGAUUUCUGCCUCGGGACCAUACUUCAGACCACUCGAUGAAAAGUGGAUUAUUAUUGUUUUAACUGGCGCACUAUUCGUUUUGGCAGCAAUGCGGGUUUAGCAGUCAUGGAUGUUACUCAGAGGGUGUGUGUCAGGUGAAGUUUUAUCUGCAGCACUCUAAACACACACACGCCUCUUUUCACUCCUACCACAGAAGAAUGACUGUGUUUCGCAGGCUGCUGCGCAGGCGUUUGCAUCCAUGGAAGCUUGCCAUUGUGGCACUGGUGUUUGUGACGUUUGUGUUCCUGAUGCAGAGAGAGGUGGUCAGUCAGGGCCCUCAGGAGGAGGAGCCGUGGCUGAAGGGGAUCGUGGGGAAACGGGACGCCGUGCUGGGCAUGGUAAUGGGGGCGGUGAAUAACUUCAGGGACGCCAUGCCAAAGAUGCAGAUUAGAGCCCCGGUCAGGCAGCAGGAUAGCAGGGGCAGCCAGACGUGUCUGCCCGGUUACUACACGGCUGCUGAACUGAAGCCUGUGCUGGAGAGACCCCCGCAAAACCCCAGCGCCCCAGGGGCCUCUGGGAAACCCUUUCACACAGAGAACCUGAGCCCAGAGGAGCAGAAGGAGAAGGAGCAAGGCGAGGAGAAACACUGCUUUAACCUGUAUGCAAGUGACCGCAUCUCACUCAGCAGAGACCUUGGUCCUGAUACCAGACCUCCAGAAUGCAUAGAGCAGACAUUCCGGCGCUGCCCACCCUUGCCAACCACGAGUGUUAUUAUCGUGUUCCACAACGAGGCAUGGAGCACAUUACUGCGGACGGUCUACAGCGUGCUUCAUACCUCUCCUGCCCUGCUCCUCAAGGAGGUCAUCCUAGUGGAUGACGCCAGCACAGACGAGCGACUAAAGGGAGAGUUGGAUGAGUACCUGAAGCAGCUACACAUUGUACGUGUGGUACGGCAGCUCGAAAGAAAAGGCCUCAUUACUGCGCGUCUGCUAGGAGCCUCCGUGGCUACCGGCGACACCCUCACCUUCUUGGACGCUCACUGUGAGUGCUUCCAUGGUUGGCUGGAGCCUCUGCUGGCUCGGAUAGCAGAGAACUACACAGCAGUGGUGAGCCCAGACAUCACCACUAUUGACCUGAACACAUUUGAGUUCAUGAAGCCUUCUCCAUACGGGCAGAACCACAACCGGGGCAACUUCGACUGGGGCUUGUCCUUUGGGUGGGAGAGUCUGCCCGAACAUGAAAAACAGAGACGCAAAGAUGAAACCUACCCCAUCAAAACACCAGCAUUUGCAGGGGGACUGUUCUCCAUUUCUAAAGAUUACUUCUACCACAUUGGGAGUUAUGAUGAAGAGAUGGAGAUCUGGGGAGGAGAGAACAUUGAAAUGUCCUUCAGGGUGUGGCAGUGUGGGGGGCAGCUGGAGAUCAUCCCCUGCUCCAUCGUGGGUCAUGUGUUCCGCACCAAAAGCCCUCACACCUUCCCCAAGGGCACACAGGUGAUCGCUCGUAACCAGGUGCGGUUGGCCGAAGUCUGGAUGGACGACUAUAAGGAGAUCUUCUACCGUAGAAACCAGCAGGCCGCGCAGAUGGCUAAAGAGAGAUCAUUCGGAGACGUCUCCAAGCGCUUAGACCUCCGGGAGAGGCUACAAUGUAAGAGCUUCUCCUGGUAUUUGAAGAACGUGUAUCCCGAGGUCUUCAUGCCUGAUCUUAACCCGCUGCAGUUUGGCGCAAUAAAGAACGUAGGGAAGGACUCGUGUCUGGAUGCUGGAGAAAACAAUGAGGGAGGCAAAGCCCUCAUCAUGUACCCCUGCCACGGCAUGGGAGGCAACCAGUAUUUUGAAUAUUCAACGCACCAUGAAAUCAGACACAACAUUCAGAAGGAGCUUUGUCUACACGGGAAAGAAGGGCCAGUGAAACUAGAGGAAUGUCAGUACAAAGGCCACAACACCUUCACUGGAGCUGAGCAGAAAUGGGAGCUGCGGGAGGACCAGCUGUUUUAUAACAUGGCGUGGAGGCUGUGUCUUAGCGCUCGAUUUGAAAACCCUGCUCUGGUCACCUGCAACUCAGCAGACAGAUACCAACUGUGGGUGUUUACCUGAGAGGACAUGCAGUCACUCACCCAUACUGCACACUCCACACUAUAGUCACUGAACGCCAGAAUGAGAGUUUUAAUUUAUUUUUUUAUGUGAAGUUACUGCUGCUGGAAGUAGUAUGCAUACAGUACACAUAUGUACAAACAGAACACACAGACACUUACAAAUGCAACAAAGAGCCUUCAGGAAGGAUGCUGAACAUUUACAAUGAAGCACAAAGUGAAGAUUUCUGAACUUUCAGUCUGAUUCUCAACUUUUUGCUUUUUCUCCUUCACCUUGUUACUGGAAGGGCUGUUACUAUUGCUUCAGAACAAAACUCUAUCAGAGACUAACAGAGGCCUUCAAACCCCUUUCAAGUUAUCAUGUGAGGUACCAUGCACAAUUAAAUGCACCAAAGACUUUGUAAGAGUAUUUAUAAGUCCAGAUUUCACCAAGUGCAAUUUCCCUCUGCACUAGAAAUAACCCCGUAUAUGAGCAUUGUUUAUAUUUCAGAGAGAAUGUCUAACAUAUUGUCUAACACCUUCUCCAGCAUUUUCACACUCAUAGCCAAACAAAUGAUUUGCAAUCAAAUGUUUUUAACACAGAGACAUCUGCCUUUUUUUAAUGAACAAAGUGCUGUAAACUCUGUAAACUCUCUCCAAGUCCAACAUAGACGUAUGCCCUCAAGUUCAUAGAUUUCUGUAUUUUGUUGCAUAGUUUGAUCAUUUGGGUGUUUUUUUAUAUGAAGAGACUUAAGUAUUUUGUCUGAAAUGCAGUUAUUCAGUCCAUGUCUAGGAUGGGCUUUUUUGUCUGGCAAUACAGAACAAUGUAGUUGUCUUUUUCAGCAGAAGAGGGCACUGUGUGCAAAGCUUUGUGUCUGAAUUUCAGUACAAGCAGGGCUGUCAGUGGUGCAACACAACAGAUCAAAAACUGCAGUGUCAUUUCAAGCCCUCAUGUUUGUCUGUAAGAAAAUAAAAACCUAACUUGUGU